UGACUGGCGAAAAAUGGUGAUAAACUUUCUGUUUUGGUGCAUUUUCAAAGCACGUUUUCUACUGUAAACGUUGGGAAUUUAACUGGUACUUUCUGUACCGAACAAAAGGACAUUGUCAGGUUGUCAAACCGUGGGGCAAGAACGAUUUUAUAGCAAGAAGUACUAAUAAUAAUACUGACUAGUUUUUAGGGGUUAGAGGUUGUGUUAUGUUGUACCAUCGUACUGUGGUUUAAAAUUGAAUUUUGCACUGUAAACAUCGGUAUUUUUACUUUCACAUUGUCUACAGAACAAAGGGUCGUUGAAGGGUUUAAUUAAAAAAAAGGGAUUAUAAGGUUUUCCACGAAAGAUUAAAAACAACAAGAAGGUUUUGUGUGCUGGUUAAACUACGUAUACUGGAGUUCUGAAGAAUUGUUUUACAGUAUAACCUCAAACGAUUCUUAAACAUUGCAUUUUGGACAAAAUUAAAUCUUCAUAAAAGAGUAAACAUUGACGUGGCUAAACGAAAAUUUGAAAACUUUUGAAGCUUAAAAGCAGUAACAAUUUACCAGGAAAUACAAGCUUAUUUCAAACAGCAAAAUGUCUUUCAAUAUACCAAGUAUAAUCGAAAGCAAACGUGAUGGUGAAGUAUUAACCGAUACCCGGAUCAACUUCAUAGUUGAACAAAUUGCAACCAAGAAAAUCCACCCUGUACAGCUUGGAGCAUUUCUUAUGGCAGUUUAUCUGAAAGGCAUGGACAAAGCUGAGACGAUCAGCCUCACCAAAGCCAUGAUACGACAUGGGGAAACCUUGGAAUGGCCACAAGACUGGAAGCAUUUGGUGGUUGAUAAGCAUUCCACAGGAGGAGUGGGGGAUAAAGUUAGUCUGCCUCUAGCACCAGUGUUGGCUGCCCUUGGUUUAAAAGUUCCUAUGAUAUCUGGCCGAGGACUUGGAUUUACAGGUAUGGUGACGUUUUACAUCCCAGUUGCAUAUAGGAUUUGCUUGUCACCACAUUGAAUUUAACAAUUUCAGCAAUAUCUUAGCACUUGUGUGCAGACAUUACCCCUUUGUGUGCAGACGUUACCCCUAAUGACUCACACAACGUUGAUGUUGUUAAAAGUGAAACUGGUAUCGUACCACCAUCUGCUGCACGUGCAAUAAGCACACUUGUGCACAUUAUUGCAAAACCUAUCAAUUAUAUAAAACUUUUCCAUAGUGCUGUAUGCUCUGAAUGCACACUUGUUUUCCUGUUCCCUAGCUGGUCUUCCCUACCAGCUUUUACAUCAAAUAGACGUGAAACAUAAUUCAUUGUCUGGUACCAAAUAUUUUUUUUAAAAAUUAACCUCAGGUGGUACAUUGGAUAAAUUGGAGUCAAUCCCUGGUUUCAACGUAAACUUGACAACUUCUCAAAUCUGCGACGCUGUUGAAAAGGUUGGCUGUUGCAUUGUGGGACAGACAAAGGAAAUUGUACCUGCCGACAAGGAGAUGUAUGCAGCGAGAGAUGUGACUGCAACAGUCAGCUGCAUUCCUUUGAUUGUUGGUUCAAUUAUAGGAAAGAAAGCUGCAGGUAUUAAUUUGUCCUGUAUAAUAUACUACUUGCACAAGUAAACUCAGAACAACUACACAUACAUGCAACAAUAUAUAAAAUACAAUACAAUACAUAACCACACAAUACAACUGCAAAAUCAACCAUGCUUUAAGUUCACAACAGCUGCAUGCAGUACGCCUUUUAUUAUUUUACGGCAUUACAUUAACGUAAGGCAUUUAAAAUGUGCUAAUGAAUUGAUAACAUAUUUUUUUCCCAGAGCAUCCUACUGCGUUAGUGCUGGACGUGAAAUGUGGCAGUGCAACCUUUAUGAAGAAUGAAAAGGAUGCUCGAGAACUGGCUCAAUGGUUGGCCAACACGGCAAAUGGUCUUGGGAUUGCGACCACAGCAGUUUUAACGAAGAUGGACGAGCCAAUAGGAAUGAUGAUAGGCAACUCUGUAGAGGUGAUUGAGUCCAUUCAAUGUUUGCAAGGAAAGGCACCGAAAGAUUUGGAGGAAUUGAUUUGCACACAAGGUAAUAUGAAAUAAUAUUGAAUACAAUUUGGAUGGAUUUAUAAUAUUUUACCCCCCCCCCCCAAAAAAAAAUAAAAAAAUUGCAACCUCCCAAAAAGUCCCCCCUCCCCGCAAAAAAAUUAAUUAAAUAAGACCAAAAAUCUCGAAAUUUUCUGGGGCUUUUCCCCCUUACCCCCAUUAGCAACCGUACCCCCAGACCCCUGCUGCGCAGGUUGCUCAGUGGCACUUAACAUACAUCCCAUCACUCACCUAACUGUACCUGCCAACUAACAUCAAAAUUUAUUUUCAUUCAGGGGGAAAUCUAUUGGCUUCAAAAGGCAAAGCUGCAACACCUGAAGAAGGCUACAAUAUGGUGCAACAAUCACUGACCAAUGGCAAAGCAUUAGAAAAAUUCCAUGAAAUGUUGCUAGCACAACAUGUUGCACCCAAUGUUGCCAAAACGUUGUGCGACCCAACAACGGAUCUUUGGAAGGUCUUGCCUAUUGAAAAACUGCAAAUGGAACUAACUGCAGAAAGUGAUGGACUGGUCUUGUCUAUUAAUGCAUUGGCCAUUGCAAAUGUGUUGACAGAGCUGGGCGCAGGACGGUUGAAACCGACAGAUAAGGUUAACCAUGGCGUGGGGAUGGUGCUCAAGACUCGUAAAGGCGGGUACUUGACAAAGGGUCAGGUUUGGGCAGUGCUCUACCAUGCAGAAGCAUUAGACGAAAAUCAUUUCGAUGCUUUGAAAGGUGCGCUGAAGAUUGAACCAGGAAAUGGUGAGAAGCCGAUUGAAUCAAGAAUCAUUGAUAUAAUAAGACCUAAUUAAGGGAAAUCAUUGAUAUAAUAGGGAGUUUCAGCUUCACGUUUGUGGGAACUGCAAACGGCAAGGCCGACUUUUCUUGGCAUGAUUUUCGUUUCAAUUAUUCACCUGACAGUUCAUAUGCUCCUAUAAAUUGAUGCACAGAGAAUAAAUAGUAAUAAUUAAAUAUAGUAAAUUUUUUAAUUUCUCAUCAAUAUUAUAUUCAAAUUAUGCACUUGUAAUAUUUAAUAAAAUACAUCAAACCAAAGUUGUUAAUAUUAAUUUUUUUAUUUACUAAUAAACUUGAAAUUAAAACUGCAUAUAUACGGACAACGCUUUAACAAGACUGUAAAAGUUCAUUCACGCAGGAGCCAGGGUCUUUAGUUCUUUAAUACAUUGAGUGAUAGUUUGUUUUUCCU